GAGAGAGAGAGAGAGAAAAAACGUCCCCUGUCAGAAAUAUGCAGGGCUCGUCCUUUCAGACCUUACGUCAGCCCGGACUCUUUAACAGGCUGUCAGUCCCGGUCUGGACACACACAACACACACAUACACACAGAGAUGACAGGGACGGGACGAGGAUGUAGCACACCUGCGGAGAGCGCCGCGUCGAGCGUUUAACACGGGACUAAUUCUGGAUUCAAUGUAUUUGCACUUCCUCUCCAGUGAUGAGUUGGCUCCUGUUGUGGAUUCUAACAGCAGCCGGGAUUCAACAGGCCUACUCCCAGAAUUCCACUGCCAUGCCGCCUGACACAGCUGUCACAUCCUCAGCUGUGGACCAGCUCAACCGGACGCAGUACUGCAAAUGGCCCUGCGAGUGUCCCGCAGUCACGCCGACCUGUCCGCCAGGCGUGAGCCUCCUCAUGGAUGGCUGCGACUGCUGCAAAGCCUGCGCCCGGCAGGUGGGCGAGGUGUGCAACGAGGCAGAUACAUGCGACUACCACAAGGGACUGUACUGUGACUACAGCUCGGACAAGCCUAGGUACGAAAAAGGAGUGUGUGCAUAUAUGGUGGGAACAGGCUGUGAGCAUGAUGGUGUGAUCUACCGCAAUGGCCAGAGCUUUAAGCCCAGCUGUAAAUACCAGUGUGUGUGUGUGAACGGUGCCAUUGGCUGUGUGGCGCUGUGCAGAGAGUCCCAGCCUCCGAGGGUGUGGUGCCAAACCCCACGCCGGGUCAAAGUCCGGGGACAGUGCUGUGAGCAAUGGAUCUGUGAUGAACCCAAAAGAGGACGCAAGACGGCGCCACGACACGCAGUAGAUGCUUCCCCAGCUGAGACCAAGAGCUGGCACAAGAACUGCAUUACCCAGACUACCUCAUGGAGCCCCUGCUCAAAGACCUGUGGACGUGGCCUGUCCCUGAGAAUCUCUAACGCCAACGAGCAGUGUGAGCUGGUCAAAGAGUCUCGCCUUUGCAACCUGCGGCCGUGUGAGGUCGACAUCACCAAACAUAUCAAGCCUGGAAAGAAAUGUCUGAACAUCUACAGGGAAGAACAGCCCUCAAACCUCACCAUCUCUGGUUGCACAAGCAAGAAGCCGUACAGGCCCAAAUACUGUGGCGUCUGCACGGACGAGCGCUGCUGCAUCCCCUACAAGUCCAAAACCAUAGACGUAGAGUUUGAGUGUCCUAAUGGGACAGGAUUCACCUGGAAGAUGUUGUGGGUCCAGGCCUGCUUCUGCAACCUCAGCUGCAAAAACCCUAAUGACAUCUUCGCCGAGUUGGAGAGUUACUAUGGUUACCCAGAAGUCAUGGACUAACAGGUGUCAAUCAUGCUCUUGACAUGUGGGAGCAUCCUGCUUUUCUUCUGACUUCUUUUUCUUAUGCAUUGUUUUGUAUUUGUAAUGUGUAUGAUUAUGUACAAGGGAUUUUCUUAUGGUCUUUUUUUCCUAUUGGAAAAAUCUGUAAAUAUGAAAUGUAUAUGUGUCUCCAGAAUGGAUUCAUAAAGCAUGACGUGCCUUUGAAGAAUGCCAAUGAAAAAAAUAUUCAUCCAGUGAGUGUGUGAAAUAUUGAAGGCUUAAUUUAUUUAUAUAGCUUUUUGCAUAUGUAAUAACACAUGCAAUGUUCUCUACAUUGUCCGUCUCACAUCGUCUGUCUUAGACUCACAAGUCAGCUCAAAUAAAAAAGGCUGUACUGUAUAUAUAUUUCUUUUAUAUUUUAUGAAAUCUGCUCUAUGAUACGUGCUAAAAAAGGCAGAAAUGGACUAAGAUGCCAAAGAUAAAGCCUUUAGGACCAUGUGUUCAAAUAUGAAAUAGUGACAGGUUCAGGGAAGAUCAGUUACAAGUUUUUAUUGUCAUUUUUUUAAUAAAUACAAACUGUUAUGUCAUUUUAAUGCUUUUCUACAGCAUUAGACAGUUGUGCAUCACAUCUUUACAAAGCUGUGUAUCUGUUCUACAAAGCAAAAUGUCGCAAGUAAAAUACAGGAGUAGGAGGUGUCAGGUAAGUUCUAUGGCUAUCCUCAUGUUAACAUGUGGACCUAUCACUUCACUCACCCAAAAAUCCACAACCACAUAGGAGCAUCACGUCUAAAAAGUGAACAAUUCCAUGGCACAUCUUUGUUCCAUUGUGCUUGAUUGCAUAGAAAUCAUUAUAAAAAAGAAGAAAAAAAACUUUUUUUUUGUCUGAAGCCAUGAUCCAUUAAUAAAGCAUAUGAUGUAAAA